AUUUUACAUUCUCUUAUGAAUUUACAAAACCUUAUGUAAUAAUUAGGUACAUAACCUAAUAUUUCACCUGAUGCAUCUAUUCCAGAUACCGCUGAAUAAGUUACUAUUAGUGCACUAGCUUUAAUUAAAAUGCUUAAAGUAAUUCAAAUCAAUCAACUCUCUAGCAUGCUCGCGCAGGUAUACCAUUUGAAGUUAUGGGUCUUCUUUUGGGUGAUAUUGUUGAUGAUUAUCAUAUUAGAGUCUAUGAUGUAUUCUCUAUGCCUUAAACUGCCAGUAGUGUCUCCGUUGAAUCUGUUGAUCCCAUUUUCUAAUAAAAAAUGGUUGAACUUCUUAAUCUAACUGGUAGAAUGGAAAAUUGUAUUGGAUGGUAUCAUUCACAUCCAUCUUAUGGUUGUUGGCUUUCUAGUGGUAUCAUAUUAAUUAUUAUUAUCACUCCAUAGUUGAUAUCAAUACAUAAUAGUCAUAUGAAUAAUUGAAUAAAAAAUCUAUUGCUGUCGUUAUAGACCCUAUUUAAUCUGUUAGAGGAAAAGUUGUCAUUGAUGCAUUUAGACUCAUUCCUUAAUAAAGUAUUAUCGCAUAAUAAGAGCCACGAUAAACUACAUCUAAUACUGGAUAUCUAUAAAAACCUGGACUUGAAGCACUUUUAAGAGGACUCAAUAGAUACUAUUAUUCCAUUAACAUUAAAUUUAAAUGCAAUGAUCUUGAAUAAAAAAUGCUUCAAAACUUAUAUAAAAAUAGUUGGACUGAAGGAUUAAAGUAAUCGAAUUGCUAUGUUUAGAUGCAAUUCCGCGUUCGAAAAUAGCAAUAGAAAUGAAUUUUGUGUAGAAGAGAUGUCGAAAUUGGCUACUGAAUAUAAAAAAUUAAUUGGUAAUUAAUUUUUUAAUUUUUAGAGGAUGAAGCAAAAAAAGGAGAAUAAGAAACCAAGAUUAAAAAUACAGGAAAGAAAGAUCCAAAGAAACACCUUGGUCUGAAAGUUGAUGAAUUGUUAGAUGAAAAUCUAAAUGCAAUAUUAGGAAGAAUGAUGGGUACAAAAGCAUUUUGAUC